AUGAUGCACAUGACCUUUUACUGGGGAAUCAAAGCGACAAUUCUCUUCGAUUUCUGGAAAACCGAUUCAUGGCUCAGUUACAUCAUCACUUUGAUCGCUUGCUUCCUCUUCUCCGCCUUUUACCAGUACCUCGAGAAUCGCCGUCUUCAAUUCAAAUCCCUUUCUUCCUCCUCCGUUAAUUCUCCGCCGCCGCCUCCAUCUUCUUCCGGCGUAUCCGCUCCUCUUAUCCCCAAACCCGGAACCAGAUCCGUCGCUAAAACCGCGUCGGUGCUGCUUUUCGGCGUCAACGCGGCGAUCGGUUACUUGCUGAUGCUUGCGGUUAUGUCUUUCAACGGAGGAGUUUUCAUCGCGAUUGUCGUCGGAUUAACCGUCGGGUACCUCGUUUUCAGAUCUGACGACGGCGGUGCUGAUUCCGCGGCGGAGAAUCCUUGCGCCUGUGCUUGA